ACACAGGUCGUUUGCGUUUUCUUCUUUGUAGUGAAGGUGGAAUAGCUUUGGAGCAAACUUAUAUUCACUUUCAUCGUAACUCAUAGUACUCAAUAGUAUAAUAGUAAACAAUGGGCUUAGUUGUAGGCGUCACGACAAACUACGACUGACCGUUAAGUUUACUCUCAACCGGCAUUUCGACAACACGCGUUCAUUUUCUUUAUUUUUAUUUUUUGUUUUGUUUUAGUGGUGAAUUUUAUUUAAAAUUCAUUUGGCUCUGGACCAAAGCUAUAAUGAUUUAGCACUACCAUGUUGAUCAGGGCAUUUGAUUGGAGACUUGGACUUGUACUUAAUUAAAGUUAAGAUUUUUUUUUUUUUUUUUAAUUUUUUAUUGACCAAUUGACGGGUUUAUUUGAUUUUAAUUACAAGUAAUAAUGAAGGAAUCAGUGAUUAAAGAUACGACAAUUCGUAUCAAUGAUACAGGAAGAGAAGAAAUACCUGGAAAAGUAUUUGAGUGCAAUGUCAACAUGAGUGUGUCAUUAUCAAAUGCUAAGAGAUCGAAAAUUUAUCAGAGAAUUCAAACUGUAUUAUUUGUUUUUAUUACAAUUAUUUUUUUUAUUGUUUAUGUACAAAUUAAACGUGAAGUUCAGGUGCUUGAAGCUCAGAUGCACUCAAUGAAUUCAAAUAUCGCCUUUCUAAUGAUUAAAUACGACAGAUUAAGUAAAAAUAUAUAUCGGAUAAAUUGGCAGCAAAGUUUGCUAUCAAAGUCACAAGAAAACCCACCAGCAAUCAAUAAUAAUAAUUAUAAUAAUAAUAAUAAUAAUAAUAAUGACUUAUUAAAAAAUGAUCUCAAAAAAGUCAACAUAUCAAAAGAAAACGUAAUCGAUCGACCAAAAGAUCGAUUUUCCACCGAAAAGAAAUUAAAUAUGGCGGACGAACCAAAAAAGAGACUUACAAGGUCAUUAGUAGCACAAAGUGGAUAUGAAGAGCUUAAUAAGACUGACCCAUUGAGGAAUUUAAUGAAACCAUACGCAAUAGAUGAAUUGGAAGAUGACUUGACUGGUGAAAUUCGUACAGGAAGAGCUCGAAGGGAUGAUGGACGAGGGCCUCUGGUUGCCACUUUUGUUGGAGCUGAGCCAGAACAGCAUAUUACUGAUACAGUCUACGUUGGACCUUGGGUAAAAAGAAACGAAUCUCGAUACGGUUUCAAUCGGUUCCAUUUAGUAGAAGACCAACGUUCAAUAGAAGUGACAGUUAAUGGAUUAUUUAUGGUAUCAGUACAGAUUGUUUAUUUUGGUAAACCAACACACUAUUCAUAUUGGAUUUUAUUACGUUCAGAAGGCACAUCAUCUUCAAAACAAGUAGGAAAAUGUGCAACAGCUUCAGCAAAUUAUGCGACAGAAGCAUCUUGUUUUACUAGUGUUAUUCUUCCAUUGCGACGUGGUGAUAGACUGCACAUACAACAACAAGAACGUGACAGGCUUAUUAAUUUACGAGAAGGUCAUAGUUUUGUACAAUUGACACUACUUGAUAAUGAUCAACAAAGAAAACGAAUUUUUACUUGAAAUAAAAUAAAAGUAAUAUUUUUAUAAUUGUUACCAUUUUCACUCAGUCAAGAAUAUCAAUUAAAAUGAAGUAAUAUUAAAUACAUAUGAAAGGAGAGUGAAUGAUAUAAUACACUUCAGAGUAAAGCAUUGUGAUUACCUCAUUUUUUUUUUUAUAAUUCAAUAAUAUUUUAUUUUCACUUAUUCUCAAUAUUCAAUUGCCGAAAUAAUUAAUUUAUUAGUACACUUCUAUUAUUUUUUAUGUAAAAAAAAAAAUAAUCUUUUAUACUUAAUGCUGUUUAAUUUGUUAUUAAACAACCAGCGUAAGACUGCCAUUUCGCGCAUGAUAGAUAAAUGUUAUAAUGUGUUUUUUUUUUUUUAAUAACAAAAAACUUUUUUGUAUUUUAUAAUGUACAUUUUGUAAGGACAGAAAGAAA